ACCAGGCAGUGUCCACAGCAGAGGGAUUUAGCUCCACCCAGGAUGUUAUCUGUGACCUGGGGCAUGAGGCUAGUGGAAAGACCUGUGGUCCCCAGGGUCCUCCUCUUGCUGUUUGCAAUCUGGCUGUUCCUCCUGGUUCCAGUCCGGUGUCCUCAAGGCCAUCCCACUUGGCGUUACAUCUCAUCGGAGGUGGUUAUUCCUCGGAAGGAGGCCUAUCAUAGCAAGGGAAUUCAAGCACAAAGACGACUCUCGUAUAGCUUGCGUUUUAGGGGCCAGAGACAUAUCAUCCACCUGAGAAGAAAGACACUUAUUUGGCCCAGACACUUGUUGCUGACAACUCAGGAUGACCAAGGAGCCUUACAGAUGGAUUAUCCUUUUUUCCCUGAAGAUUGUUAUUAUAGUGGCUACCUGGAGGGGAUCCCUGAAUCUAUGGUCACUGUGGAUACUUGUUAUGGGGGCCUGUCAGGGGUCAUGAUGUUGGAUGACCUUGCCUAUGAAAUCAAACCCCUCAAUGAUUCACAGAGGUUUGAACAUGUUGUCUCUCAGAUAGUAGCUGAGUCUGAUGUAACAGGGCCUAUGGAUGCAUGGAAGCACUUGAGUCAUAAUACAGGUCCUCCCUUCUCCAAAAUGGAAUCCGCCGAUGGAACUCCCAGAAUUUCUAGUAAGAACUAUGCUACACAUCCAGCUGCUAUAAAAGGCCAUUUUCAACUAUCCCACUCGGCAUAUCAGGAAGCUCGUGGUGAUAAAUAUCAAGUUAAUGUUGGGUACUUGUUUCAACUCAUCAGUUUGAUGGACACCUAUCUGACCAAUCUUCAUAUGCGGUACUAUGUCUUUCUUAUGACUAUGUAUGAUGAAUGGGAUCCAUUUAUAUAUGACUAUACUAUACCAGGAGGGUCUAUUCAUAUUUACUAUGUGGAAACGUUUUAUUCGACGUUUAAACCAGAUGCAUCAACUUUAAUUAAUAGAGAAGGGCCAGAGGAUAAUGAGGUCAAUCCUGUUGAAAGGAGUAUAUGUUCUGACUUAGCCCUAACCAUUAUUGGUAAAAAUUUCCGAGGUUUUAUACAGGUAUCUAUUAUAGUAACCAAUCGUGUUGGAAGGAGUUUAGGUCUAAAAGUUGAUAAUGAGGAUUACUGUGUCUGUCAGAGAAGGUCUGUCUGCAUUAUGUUCAAGGAUCCUAAAUUAACAGAUGCGUUCAGCAAUUGUUCCCUUGCGGAUAUAAGCGAAAUAGUUAAUACCCCUAAUCUGAUGCCAUGCCUUUACUAUGACCGCCAUGUUUAUUAUAACACAACACAUACCUAUACUUUUUGUGGAAACUUCAAAAUAGAUGAAGGUGAACAGUGUGACUGUGGUUCACAUAAGGCAUGCUAUGAAGAUUCCUGUUGUGGAAGUGAUUGCAAGCUCACACCUGGUAGCAUUUGUGAUAAAGAACUAUGCUGUGCAAACUGCACCUUCAGCCCUUCUGGGGUACUCUGCAGACCCAUCCAGAACAUAUGUGAUCUUCCAGAGUACUGUAACGGGAAUGUGUACCUUUGCCCAAAUGACACUUAUCUGCAAGAUGGGACACCAUGCUCAGAAGUGGGUUACUGCUAUGAAGGUAACUGCACUGACCGAGAUGUACAGUGCAAGCAUAUCUUUGGUGUAAGUGCUACGGAUGCUAAUCCUACGUGCUAUGACAUCAACAAAGAAAAAUUUCGAUUUGGACAUUGUACUAGAUUGCCAGAAAGCCUCACAUUCAAUGCUUGCACUGAGGAAGAUAAGCUGUGUGGAAGGUUGCAGUGUACCAAUGUCACCAAUCUUCCCUUCUUGCAAGAACAUGUUUCAUUCCAUCAAUCGGUUAUCUCUGGGUUUACCUGCUUUGGGCUGGAUGAACAUCGUGGGACAGAAACAACAGAUAUUGGAAUGGUGAGACCUGGUAGCCUGUGCUCCACAACUAAGUUCUGCAAUCAAGGAGCUUGCAGUGGAAGUUUAUCUCAGUUGAAUUACGACUGCACCCCUGAAAAAUGCAAUUUUAGAGGACUGUGUAAUAAUCAUCGGAAUUGCCAUUGUCAUUUAGGUUGGAAACCUCCGAGUUGCAGUGAAGGAGGGCCUAGUGGCAGCACAGAGAGUGGGUCCCCUCCACUUCGAAGGCACACAAUAAGCCAGAGCCAAGAACCAGUAGUAUUUUUAAGAAUGCUCUUUGGUCGUAUUUAUCUCUUGGUUGUCUCACUGCUUUUCGGCAUAGCAAGUCGUGCAGGAGUUAUUACGAUUUUUAAGGUUGACGAGUUGCUCGCUGCUUUACGUUCUGGACCAGGAAAAUGA